AUGGUCACUGGGGACGGAGCCGCGACGUCACGCAGGGGGCGUGGCCUGCUCAACCUGUGCGCGCUGAUGUUCGAGGGACUCGAGCGGACGCUGAAUCACAGCGAAGGAAAUGUGAACCAGUGUCACGCGAGAGCGAGUUCUUCCACCGGCUUUGAACCCGGGAAAGCGUGUGUCGAUGAUUCUUACAGCGGUUUGCAACUUCUGCGAUCCACACGGAGCCUGAAGCACUUAAAGAUGAUGCCCAACUUCUUCCCGGUGCGGAAAUUCAAGCGUAACGGCAGAUAUAUUGUGUUUGGCGCGGUGCUGAUGGUCGCGUUACUGGCGGCUUAUCUGGAGUUCAUGGCCAUGAACGAGUGGAGCAGCCCUGGAUCAUCUAAGAGCAGGUGCAUGAAGCAGAAAUGGAACGAGACUACAGCUCACAUCUCUGAAGAUCACAUCUCUGACGAUAAACAUGAUAAAGACAUCUGGACACCAAAAAACACUCAACAGACAUGGAGGGUGGAGGCUCACAUCUCUGACGAUAAACAUGAUAAAGACAUCUGGACACCAAAAAACACUCAACAGACAUGGAGGGUGGAGUAUAAAGGAAUGGCGAAUCUUCACAUCUUUGAGGACUGGUGUGGCACGUCUAUAUCUCAACUACAGAAGAAUCUACAUUAUCCACUAUAUCCUCAUACUCGUACAACUGUGAAGAAACUUGCCGUGUCGCCCAGCUGGACCAAUUAUGGACUCAGGAUAUUUGGAUACAUACAUCCUUAUACCGAUGGUGACUUUCUUUUUGCAGUGGCGUCUGAUGAUAACAGUGAGUUCUGGCUCAGUGAAGAUGAGAAUCCUGACAAUCUGAAGCUCCGCGCUUACGUCGGAAAGACAGGCAGAGAAUGGACUGCACCAGGGGAAUAUGGGAAAUAUGCCAGUCAGAUAUCAGAUCUCAUUCCUCUGCAAAAGAACAAUAAAUAUUUCUUUGAGCUCAUCCACAAACAAAACGAUCAAGGAACAGAUCACGUGGAGGUUGCGUGGCAACUCAAACAGAUCAGGAGUGGAUUUUCAAUCAUCGAUUCCAAGUUCAUCUCCCUCUACACCAAUGAGUCCUCGCUGAAGACAGUAGAUGUGAAUCACAUUCCUCAGACCUUUGCCAGUCAUGUGACUCCGCCCCAGAGGUCGUCUGAGACUCCGCCCCAUGGAGUAGACAUGCUGAGAGCAGAUCCACGUGACUCAUUUCAUCAGGUUCCAUUAUUGGACAGGGCGCGUUUGCAGGGAGUUUUGCCUGAAUGUAUUUAUAACCCCAGCUACAUCAUAAAGGGAUAUCCUCUAAUACGCUACCAGGGCCUGCAGUUUGUGUACCUGACGUACGUGUAUCCUAAUGACUACACACGGCUCACACACAUGGAGAGCGAUAACAAAUGUUUCUACCGUGGGAAUCCAUACUACCUGGAAAGAUACGGCUUCUCAAACUACAUUCAACUGGAUUUGCGUGAAAAUGAGGAGAUAGUCAUCAAAUACAAAGGAGAUGGCAUGCAAGGAAGAGCCAUGAACCUGGGCAGAGAUGAAGAUGAGGGCUUUCAGAAAGCUGGAAAGUAUGAGGAGAAGCAGCAAAUGAAAACUAUGGAGAAGAACAAGGUUCUCCCGGAUUUUGAUGAUUAUUCAAUGAAGAGAGACCGUAAACUGUUUUCUGUUCAGAAACAUGGCAGAAUCAGAAAAAAGAGGGAAGAAUGGGAACUAGACAACAGAUUUCAACAGAUGGACCAAGACAACCAACCUAAGGAAAUCCAAAAACCGCCUGAAGAACCACAGAACCACAAAGAGGAACCACAGCAGCAACCAAGAAAGAAGAAGAAAAGGAGACGUCCUGAACAAAUCCAGCGGGACCAACACUACCUCCAAAACCCACCUUCUGAGGUGAAGAACUAUGACCAGGGAAAAGAAAAACACUCACAGAAUAACGUCAUGGAGAACAUACCUGACCAGCAGAAUCCAGGACCAGCUCAAAGAGAAGCUCACUUGAGGUCAGAGGUGAAACAUCAAGUGGACCAAUCGCUUAAUAAGGAUGGAAAAAUUGAGCUCCACCAACAUAAAGCCAAAUACCGCAACAGUAGUGAUGGAAAUCCAAAUCUUGUUGCAGUUGGAGACAGAAAUAUUCCCGUGGAGAACAUACGAGAAGAAGCCAAUGAAUUGAAGCAAAGAUCAGUGACCAACCCUACCAUGUUGGUUGAGGACCAGAGGGAACGUCAUGACCUUGUGAAUCGGAUGGGUAAGCGAAAAGUCUAUCUAGGAGAACAUGUGGACAAGGCACCCAAGAACUCAUUAGAUGAGGUGAAAGUAAAGAAGGCAAAGCUGAAGAACACUGCAGAUGAACUGCCAUCCUUGAAUGGGAAUGAAGUCAAAGCUGAACCGAUGAAGAGGCUCAAACACCCAAAACAUAAAGCAGAUGAAGCCGUGCAUGGUUUGCAGGACAACCCCGAAAAGGCUGUAGUAGAUGACAACAAUAUUCCCAUCAAGCACAAAGAUGUGGCUCAUCAUCUCCAAAUUACCCAACAUCCACACCAAAACUCAUUGUAUAACGAGACCAAUGAGCGUAAGGCGUUGGUCAUCGCGGCUCCAUCUAACAAAGAAUAUAACAACCGCUGGGGUCACGUGAAUGACAGCAGAAAGGAAAAGGAGAUUCAGGAUAAUGUGAUACAGAUAGAAGAGGUUGAAGAUGGAGGAGGUGAAGAAGACUCUUGGGUGAAUCAGGGUUUCUCGGAGGAAGAAGACUAUGACCUCCUCAACAGGGCUGUGUUUGACGUGGAAGUCAAGUGGUCUCAGACGUUCCAGGCCAAACCCCUAGAUCUGCAUGCCUUGCGCUCCGACUGGAUCGAUCUGAAGUGUAAUGUGUCUGGAAACCUGCUGCUUGAGGAAUCAGAAGCGUUGUCUGUAGUGGAAGCUUUCAUGAAGAAACUAAACAGGAAAUUUCCAAGGCAGUUCUCUCUAGAGCGUAUUGUGAACAUUGAGAAGAAGCCUGAUUAUAAUCGUGGCAGUAGAUAUCUAUUGGAACUGGACUUGCAGGAGGCUUCAGGACGCCACCUGCGCCUGGUUCAGUACAUCUAUGUGAAAAGAACUGAAGAUCGGGGUUUUCACAAAAAGCAAAAUGCUCAGGACGCAGAACUUAAACUUUGCAAUCCGUAUAGCUUCUACUGGAACCCGACUGCUACUGUCCACUUCAUCGUCCCAGUGAAGAACCAGGCCCAUUGGGUGCAGAAGUUUAUUUCAGACAUGGAGGAGAUGUACCGCACCACUGGAGAUCAGAACUUCAACGUCAUCAUUACUGACUAUGAAAGCACUGAUAUGAACAUAGAACAAGCACUACAGAACUCUUAUUUACCCAGGUAUCAGUACCUCAGGUUAAGUGGAAACUUUGAGAGAUCAGCAGGACUGCAGGCAGGAAUAGACCUCAUUUCUGAUGAUCACAGCAUUGUGUUUCUUUGUGACCUGCACAUUCAUUUCCCUCCUGGCUUCAUCGACACUGUGAGAAAACACUGUGUGGAGAGACACAUGGCCUUUGCUCCGAUAGUCAUGAGACUGAACUGUGGCGCUACACCCCUAGAGCCUGAUGGUUACUGGGAGGUCAAUGGCUUUGGUCUUCUGGGUAUUUAUAAAUCAGACCUGGACUCCAUUGGGGGCAUGAACACCAAAGAAUUCACUGACCGCUGGGGUGGAGAGGACUGGGAACUACUGGACAGGAUCAUUCAGGGUGGGCUGGAGGUGGAACGACUCUAUCUGAGGAACUUCUUCCAUCACUUUCACUCAAAGCGUGGAAUGUGGAACCGCCAGAUGCUGCGCAACACGUAAGCAUGUCAACAGUCUCGCCGCUGCUGAUCAGCGGUUACCAUGGCACUUUAAACCUCAGGACAUUCCAGAUGUGUUCCAGAUCACAUCUGACUGAAGGUGAAUGUGAGGUGAUCGUUUAAUGGAAACACAGAGACUCAGGACAAAGAUGUCUGUGAUGUUUGGGUUGAAGAUGAGUUGUGUAACACUGUUGCAUCCAGACCUCUACAGAUCAUUUCCAAAGUUGGACUGUUUCUCCAAAGCUAGCUAUGCUAUCAAGAGUAAAAAAAAAAAACUUUAAAGGAACUGAUACAAGUUAUUGAUGGCUUCAGCAUCUCUUUGGUGUUGUUGUCACUUCCAGGUCAAUAAAAUGCCUUCAGUCGUGUCUGGCUGAGUAUUCUAUUCUAACAGACAGAAAUGUGAAGUUCAAUGAGAUGUAUAUACUGAGAAAAUGUGUAUUUAUUCAGGUAGGUAAGUGUCUUGGGUGAGGGUUGACUUUGCUCAUUGUUACAUAUGUUUUAUGCUGUGUGACCUCUUAGGGACUGAAAGCCAAAACCAAAGAGAUGUGCAAUAUUCACAGAGCGUGUUGGUCUAAGAAAGUCAAUUCAUUCAGGUUAGAAAUGCUGUUGUGUUUUCAAGUCAAUCUCACAAAGCCUGUCAAGAACACGUCUUGGUCAUAUAUCAUCCUCAAAAUACAAAAGAAAUUACAUUUUGUUAAAAGAAUAAUUUUUCAGUAAUUUUCAUAAAUAUU